GCUGGGUGAACUUGUAGGGGCGGCGGUGGCGGGGGAUGAAGGUUGCGUGGCGGAGUUGGGUUUGAGGUAUUGGGGAGGGGAGGUGGUUGUUGUUGAUGUUGAGGGAUGGUCGCCUGAGGGUUUGGAGGGCUGAUGGUGGGAGUUUGCUGGCCAUUGUGACUGCGGGAGGGCUCCGGGGAGCGAGGGGUUUUGCGGUUUGAUUCGGGUUCGAGGCCGUCGGGGCAAGUGGGAAUAAAAGCUGGGGGUACCUCUCGCUGUCCCUAUCGCCAAUGUCGUCGUCGUCUCCAAAUCUUCAAUUACUCGUCCUUCCCGCUUGCCGCGCCGAUUGGUUCCCCCGGUUCGAAAUUUUGAUAACUCGCGGCGGGCGGCACAGCUCCAACCCGCGGCAGCCCGCAAUUGAAAGCCCACUCAGCAAGGGUCCGGGGUUGUUAUCGGAGCUUAUCGGAGCUUAUCGAUAACUUUAUUUGCAGGGGUGGGAGCCGUUCGAUGACGGACCCGAGGCCGUGGAAGUGGAAGAAGCCGAUUUGCGACUGAGACGAACAACAGAUUUUGACACUGGCCAUAAGUUCGUCUGAUUUGCUUUGAAGGAAGUCGGAAAGACAGUAUAUGGUGUCAAAAAUAUGAACUCCCUCCCACGAAUUACGGUGGGCUUGAAAGCUGCCGCAGAGAGAUGCAGCAACUCGGCCGCCGUCAUCACAGCACCAACAUUGAGCAUGAGAAGCGCAAAGCCAAUACCUAUGCGCCGGCUGCAUAUCCAGAGUCAACAACAUAUCAACAAGGGGCAUGUACCAUCAUGUACAAUUCUACCACACCCACGAAGAGCACCAAUAUCACAACCCCUCACUCAUCAACCACCUCAUAAUCGAACCCUCAGCACAACCCCCCAUCCCCUCCGACAAUUCACCACCUCCCCCCCAACCCCCCCCUCAAUCCACCCUCACUCCUCCUCCUCCACCUCCCUCCCCCUGCCAGAACAGUUCCGCUCCCUAAUGCGCCUAAUAACCCACUCCGUCGUCGUCUGCACCUCCUCCUCCUCCGGUCCAAUCCCCCGAGCAAUGACAAUGUCCUCCUUCACCUCCCUCUCCCUCCUCCCCACCCCCAUCAUCUCCUUCAACAUCGCCACCCCCUCCCGCACCUUUGACGCCCUCUCCUCCUCCCGCCUAUUCAACAUCCACAUCCUCACCGACGACCCCUCCGGCGCGAGAAUAGCCGACUGGCUUGCCAGAGGAAACGCAGCCGGGCUGGAGGUGUUUGAGCAGCUCCAAUCCGAAUGUGGUUGCUCCUACGAAACAGAGACAGAAGGGGAGGCGCCAAUACUAAAAGGGCCGGGCGUGUUAUAUGCCUUACGCUGUGAGCUGUUACAGGAGCCAAUGGGGGGGUUGGUGAAGGUGAGGGGUCAUUAUAUUGUUUUGGGGGAGGUGAAGGAGAUUGUGGAGGUGAAUGGGGGUGGGAAGGAGGACAAGUUUGGGUUGAUGUAUGCGGAUAGAAAGUAUAGGGAGUUAGGGGGGUGUAUUAUUCCUGGGGAGGGGGUGGAAGAAGGGAAGGAUGGUGAGGAAUAGUGAGAGAACAUGUGCUUCGAAAGCAUGAGUAGGGACAUAGAGCGAAGUUCUUGUACAAUCUUGGGACCUAAAAGGUUUAGAAAAGGGUUACAGGACAUGGACGACGACUACGAGUCAGGGAAUCGUAUGUGUAGAUAUCAUUCAGGGCGGUUGGGCGGUCAUCUCCUCGCAUCCACA